CUGCAGAAGGCAGCGCAGACAUUAGCGCAGUUGCACUGCUCUCACACACUCACCUACCAACACAGAUCAGUCAGACAGACUUACACAAUUCACAUACCUUCUGACAAUUCACAUGUUAGCGGGUUCAUCUGAGCUCAGACAUCCAGUAGGACCUCCUCUGGUGUCUCUCCCUGUGUCCCCUCUGGGGUUCAGUCUGUGCCUCUGCUGGAGCUGGACCAAAACGCACAUCUCUGAUACUCAUCGUAUGGACAAUGGCUUGAGUGAUGAGAGUUAGGUGGAGAUAGAGAAAGACAGACAGAGAUAGAUAGACAGUGGGUUGGGGGGGUUGAAAAAGGUUGCUGAAGCAAGGCAAGGAACCGUUGUCAACGGCGACGCAGGAGCAGCAUGUCUCAAAUGAAACGAUACACUUACAGCAGGGCCACCAGCAGCGGCAGCAGCAGGAUGAGUUCAGAUGGAGGUGGGCGGCCUGUUAAGGUGGGCUCUCUGGUUGAGGUCAUCGGUAAAGGUCAUCGAGGCACUGUGGCAUAUAUUGGAAACACCCUCUUUGCCUCUGGAAAAUGGGUGGGAGUCAUUCUAGAGGAAGCUAAAGGCAAGAAUGAUGGGACUGUGCAGGGUAAACGAUAUUUCACCUGUCAGGAGAACCAUGGGAUAUUUGUACGCCAGUCACAGAUCCAGUUAGUGGAAGAUGGGGCUGACACGACAUCUCCGGACACACCUGAAGCUGCCACCUCCAAAAUGCUGAAGCGGGAGAUAAUUGAAGGCCCAAAGUCAAACAAAGUGCGAGGAACCAAACCCAAAAAGGCACCUACGACUCGUAAGACCACCACCAGAAGGCCCAAGCAAACGCGGGCUGGAGUGGGGGUGAAGGUGGGCUCAGGAUCAGCUUCUGCUGGAGAGAUGAGCAGCAGUGAACCCAGCACACCUGCCCAAACACCACUGGCUGCUCCAGUUAUACCUUCACCCGUGGGAGCACUGCUCUCACCCGGGGCUCCUCCCAUCCCGGGACCCACCAAGGAAGAGGAGUCACUGCGUGCCCAGGUGAAGGACCUGGAGGAGAAGCUGGAGACGCUGAAGAUGAAGAGGACAGAAGACAAGGCAAAGCUGAAGGAGCUUGAGAAGCACAAGAUUCAGCUGGAGCAGCUUCAGGAGUGGAAGAGUAAGAUGCAGGAACAACAAAAUGAACUGCAGAAACAACUCAAGGAGUCCAAGAAGGAAGCUAAGGAAGCUCUUGAAGCUAAAGAGCACUACAUGGAAGAGAUGGCAGAUACAGCAGAUGCCAUUGAGAUGGCCACACUGGAUAAGGAAAUGGCUGAAGAGCGGGCCGAGUCACUGCAACUGGAGGCUGAUGCUCUAAAAGAGAGAGUGGAGGAGCUGACCGUGGACUUGGAGAUACUCAAACAUGAGAUAGAGGAAAAAGGAUCAGAUGGAGCAGCGUCUAGUUACCAUGUGAAGCAGUUAGAGGAGCAGAAUGCUCGCCUGAAGGAGGCUUUGGUGAGGAUGCGUGACUUGUCUGCAUCAGAGAAACAAGAGCAUGCAAAGCAACAGAAGCUAAUGGAAAAGAAGAAUUUUGAGCUGGAUGCGCUGAGAUGCCAGAAAGAGAACCUGCAGGAGGAAAUCAAGAUGUCUGAGAAAACAAUUGAUGAGCUCAAAGAGCAAGUGGACGCUGCCCUCGGGGCGGAGGAGAUGGUGGAGAUGUUGACGGAGCGUAAUCUGGACCUGGAGGAGAAAGUACGGGAGCUCAGAGAAACUGUCACAGAUCUGGAAGCCAUCAAUGAGAUGAAUGAUGAGCUGCAGGAAAACGCCAGAGAGACGGAGCUGGAGUUGAGAGAGCAGUUGGAUCUGAGUGCUGCCAGCAUCAGGGAGGUGGAGAAGCGGGUGGAGGCGGCACAAGAAACAGUGGCAGACUACCAGCAGACCAUCCAGAAAUACAGAGAGCUCACCACACACCUGCAGGAGGUGAACAGAGAGCUGAUGAGCCAACAGGAAGCCAGCACCGAGCAGCAGCAACAGCCUGCAGAGAUCUUCGAUUUCAAAAUCAAAUUUGCAGAAACCAAAGCUUACGCCAAGGCCAUAGAAAUGGAGCUGCGUAAAAUGGAGGUAGCUCAGGCUAACAGACAGGUGUCACUGCUGAUUUCCUUCAUGCCUGACUCCUUCCUGAAACACGGAGGAGACCAUGACUGCAUCCUGGCUCUACUGCUCAUCCCACGACUCAUCUGCAAGGCAGAGCUGAUCAGUAAGCAGGCUCAGGAGAAGUUUGAGUUGACUGAGACGUGCUCUCAGAAGGCCGGCAUGAGAGGAGCUGUCGGAGAGCAGCUGAGCUUUGCUGCUGGACUCAUCUAUUCUCUCACACUGCUACAGGCAACCCUGCACAAAUAUGAACAGGCUCUGAGUCAGUGCAGCGUGGAUGUGUACAAGCGUGUGGGUUCUCUGUACUCUGAGAUGAGCGUUCAUGAGCGAUCCCUGGAUUUCCUCAUAGACCUCCUAUACAAAGACCUGCUGGAUGAAACAGUCAAUGUGGAACCUCUUACCAAAGCUAUUAAAUACUAUCAGCACCUUUACAGUAUUCAUCUCGCUGAACAGCCUGAGGACUGUACCAUGCAGCUAGCAGACCACAUCAAAUUUACCCAGAGUGCUCUGGACUGUAUGGCAGUAGAGGUGGGGCGUCUGAGGGCCUUCAUACAGACAGGGCAGGACGAGGAAGCGUUCUGUGUGCUGCUGAAGGAUCUGGACACUUCCUGUAGUGACAUAAGACAGUUCUGCAAGAAGAUCCGUCGACGCAUGCCAGGCACAGACGCACCAGGCAUCCCAGCUGCCCUCAGCUUUGGACCACAGGUGUGUGAGACCCUGGCUGAGAGCAGAAGGCAGCUGGCCUGGGUGAAUGCAGUGCUGCAGGAAGUGGCAGCGGCAGCCGCUCAACUCAUCGCCCCUCUCAGCGAACAUGAGGGACUGCCAGCAGUCAAACUGGAAGACAUGGCCUUUAAAGCAGCUGAGCAGAUCUAUGGGUCACAGGGCAUAAACCCUCAAGAGUGCCUGCGCCAGUCAUGCAGUGUGGUCAUUGCAACAAUGAACAAGAUGGCUACUGCAAUGCAGGAGGGAGAAUAUGACUCUGAAAGACCGCAUAAUGCAAUAUCUCCUGUGGAAGUCCGAGCAGGAGCACUGAGGGCAGAAAUCACUGAUGCUGAAGGACUCGGCCUCAAACUUGAAGACAGAGAAACUGUCAUCAAAGAGCUCAAGAAAUCCCUUAAAAUAAAGGGAGAGGAACUGAGUGAGGCCAAUGUGCGUCUCAGUUUAUUGGAGAAAAAGCUGGACAGUGCAUCUAAAGAUGCGGACGAGCGAGUGGAGAAGAUCCAGACGGUCCUAGAUGAGACCGUUUCGCUCCUGAAAAAGAAGGAAAAGGAGUUUGAGGAGACCAUGGAUGCUCUCCAGGCUGACAUAGACCAACUAGAGGCAGAGAAAGUAGAGCUUAAGCAGAGAAUCAACAGCCAAUCAAAGAUGACCAUGGAGGGCCUGAGAGGAAGCCAAGGCUCUGGCAUCGCCUCCAUUGUGACUUGUGGCAUCACUGCUGAAGAACAAAAAGGUGUUUGUGCAGCUGCAGGAGUGCAAGUGAUAGAUUCUCCACUGCUGACUCAGCAGAUUGAGGCUCAGCGACUGAGUAUAAAGCACCUGAAGAACGAGAACAACAGACUAAAGGCAGAAAAGAUGCGUGCUCAGCUGGCAUCUCUUCCUCCUCUGAACGUGCCAAAGCUGGGCUGGCGAGAGGGCUGCAGGCCUGAGGUGCUGUCUAGUGCCCUCUACCGCAAAACAGACCAACUGCUGGAUACUCUGCUCCAGAUGAGUGCCAAUGUGAAAGUGGUGGACAUCACAGGGAAAUCUCCAGUGAGUCCCAGUGCGCAGCUCCUAGAGCAAACAGCAAGACUGCAGUCGCUCAGUGACACACUCGAUAGGCUUAAGGAUGAGGUUGCUGAACAUGUAGUGACUCACAGGCCUGGUGCUCAAGUCUCGUCUGAUUUUGCCACUUUUCCCUGCACUUCCUUUGUGAAGGCAAAAGAGGAGAAGAAAGGAGAUGCUGUGUUAGUCGGUCGUGUGAUGAUGCCUUGCGCCCGAGGACAGGAAGAGGUGCAUCGUCUGGUGCUUUCAAAGAUACAGUUACAGAGAGUUCAUCGCCUUCUCCAGACUUAAAAUAACCCCAAAAACAAACUUACUCACGUCCAGUCUUCAAAACAGAAAUUGAAACAACAGAUAUAAUGGAGAAUGUAUCUAGGGCCACAAUCCAAUAACAAAAAAAAUGCAAUAGAUCAAGUGAAGCAUUUGGAAAGCUUUGAUUAUAUCUUCCACACCAAAUCUGUAAAAUGACACAUAAAGGCUACAGAUUUCAACAUGCUGACAUGCUGAGGACGUUUUAACAAUUAGACUUUAUUAACAUGGCAUGAAAUGGAUGAUUCAGCAUGAUCCCUGCUGCUUUAUAUCUGUAUCCAUUUAAUCCCUUUUCUUUCUCUUCCCAAUUUGGAUUCCCAUUGAUCCAUGUUUACAAUUAUUUAGUUAAAGGGAUUACCGUACAAAUUGUGUAUGUAUUUAAUUAGUGGUGCUUCCUAAGUGAUAGUUGACCCAAAAAUGAAAAUUUUGUCAUUAAUUACUCAUUCUCAUGUCGUUCCAAACCCGCAAGACCUCUGUUCAUCUUCGGAACAUGUGUCGUGAUACUCUUAUGAAUGCGUAGUGGAGACUGACAUGGAAGAGAGGAAAUUGUUGAAAAAAGUUGUUUUCUCAUUGUUUUCUUUGCGCACAAAAAGUAUUCUUGUAGCUUCGUAAAAUUAGGGUUGAACCACUGAUGUCACAAGGACUAUUGUAAGGAUGUCCUUACUAUCUUUCUGGGCCCUGAAUGUUUCAGUUGUGUUGCUGUCUAUGCAGGGUCAGAAAGCUCUUGGAUUUCAUCAAAAAUAUCUUAAUUUGUGUUCCAAAGAUGAACGGGUUUGGACUGACAUGAGGGUGAGUAACUAAUGACAGAAUUUUAAUUUUGGGAGAACUGUCCCUUUAAAAUUUUCAACUGAUGGGUGAUAAAACAGGAGAAAUGCCAAUAAAAUGGAGGUAGAGACACGAGUCAUGUUAUUUGACCAGUAAACAUCCACCCGAAAACUUUAGCAACCACAUAGCAAUUGCAUCGCAACAUACUAAGAACAAUUGAAAAUCUUAUAGCAUUGCUCUAGCAACUACCUGACGCACCCCUAGCAUUGUGGCAUCAAGUCCUGCAUGCACAAGCAUUGCAUACAUUAUCUUCAUAAAUCAUAAAAAUCUAGUUGACCAUUCAAAUGUGCAUUCUCAUUUGUGGUUGUUCAUCAAAUUUUCAUGGGCAAAAUCCAGUCAUUUAUAAUGGAGAAUCCACUGUGACUGGAAAUUUUGCGUGAGAGCGAAAGAAUUCCCCAUGCAGAUUUCAUAACAGAUUCAAGCUGGCCGUGUGGAUUGGCUGCAUUAACCAAAAGGAAGCUGCUUGGUUUGAAAGUGACUUCUGUGUAAGCUGUGGCUCACAAAAUUUCACUGAAAUGUUGCUAAUGUGAACGCACCUCAAUUUUCAAGUGUUUCAAACCUUUGAUUUGUCAUUUUAUACAUGCAGUGUUUACAGAACCUUCUGAAUCAGGAAGCCAGAGGUAAACAAAAACCCAAUUUUGGGACUCUAUUUAUGUGCUGUAAACAAGCACACAUUAAAUGAUUCAAUGUAGGACCACUCGUUUUUCUCUUUAAAACAGAUCAGAUGCUACUUUAUCAGUGAUUCUAUUGGCACAGCCCUCUUCAUAUACUCAUAACAGUUACUUAAGUAUCAGACAGGAAAGAUAAUAUGCUCUCAUUCACUUUUCAAAUAUAUAAUAACAGUCAAAGAUUUAAAAGCUUUGUGUGUUGGAUAGUGAUGCUUGAAUGUGCCAUGCCAAUGUGCUUUUGUAAAGAAAAUACAAUACAAAUUUGAAUGAAUGAUCAGAUUAAGUGCCAAGCAAGGAGGGGAUGACAUCAGGUGAAUGCUGCUGUGGGCAAAAAUAGAGAAGACAUCAUUUAACAAUAUUUAUUACCUGUUGAAUAUUUGCUUCAAGAGAUUGUCAGUAAUUAAAGUGGUCUUAAGUCAGCAAUGGUUUGCUUUGUUACUAUUGUCUAAGUUAUUAACCUGUUAUUUAACUAUAUAAAAUGCAUACUGUUGCUUACAGUAUUGGUGAAUGUGUCGGCAUCUUAUAUAAUGUGAGUCAAUGAAAUAAAUUAUGUCAGAAAA